UAAGUUAAUUUGCUUGAUUAGAAAGUAAUACUGAAAUUAUUAUGAUCUUUUUCUCAUUCAUAUGGUGGGCUUCAGAAUGAUGAUGCAUGAAGUGUUUUGCCACUGACAUGACCUGUUACAGUUCCAAAGGCAAAGCUCAUAACCUGUUUCAGCACAGCUCUGAAGUAACAGGGAAGGUCAAUUUCCUUCACACUAUCACAUCAGUCAUCAAUAACUCAGUGCCACAUUCUGGUGGUGGAAGGCUUGUGUGAUGGAUGGUGACCACCACAACUCAUGCCUGAUUUCUGGAACAGUGAUAGGGCAUGGGCACAGUGGAAAAUAAGAGGAAAGCAGUAUCAUUACAGUUGCCCAGUUUGAACCCUGAGAGGUUGAGAUCCAAAUAAUGGAGCCAUUCUGUCAACUUAGUUACAGAAAGAAACUAUGGCUUUGGAACUGCUUGAAGUCAUUCUGCAACACAAACUGAGGAAAACUUAUGUCAGCAUUGAUAGCAUAACAUGAGAAUUCUGAUCAUGUUUUUGUACUGGAUGUGAGAAAAUGUUCACCAGUCCAACUUUUACUUGAUCCUCACUUGUUGUUGAAGCUUUUCCCAUCUCUGACACCCACUCAAAUAUGGUCAUUGCAGCUUGGUGUACUGUGGUCAUUGACUGCGAUUGACAUGCCUACAAGCCAAGCCCCAUUAAGUGCCAUUGACAUGCCUCCUCCAUGAAGAGCCACUUGCCCGAUACAGGCAUAGCUUUGAAGGAGUCUUGUUAUCCCACAAGAUAAGAUGUUGGUUGGUCUUCUUAGGCUCUGCUUCUACUGAAGAACAAUCUCCACUGAUGUAUGUAACCAGAGUUGAUGAGCUAACAAGUCACAUCACUGGUUGAGUACCAACAUGAAUUCCACACCUGAAGCAACAACAGAGUUGGUGAGAACUAGACUAUCUUGCAGAGGUUUCCCCCAUGUAAAGCAACUCAUCACACAUCAACAACAGCAACUUAGACUAACAAUUCUAAGCAAAGGUGAGGAGGAAGAGGAAAGGGUUAUAUGAUGAUGAUGAUGAUACUGAUGGUGAUGGUGCAGCUACCUCCAGCAAAUUUAAGAGACAGAGACAUGUAGAAAUAUGGCCACUUAGUCGAGUUGAUCCCACCGCAACAAAGUAUAUAGCAGUUUGCAUGUUAAAAGAAAGAAUGCUACAAUUAAGUCCACUUGAAUUCUUCUUCUUCUUCGUGGGAGCCAUUCCUUGGUGUUCUCCGAGCAUGGGCUUCAUGGGAGUAAUUCUAGAAGGACUAUGUCCUAAACCCGCACUAACUACUGGACUUGCUAUUGGCUUAUAGCAUCCUCGCCGAUAUGGUGCCCACUUGAGGAGACAGGUAGAGUAUACGGGUAAAAAUGAAGGUAGUACGUCUUUGGUUUGGUUUAUAGGCUUUGGCUGCCCACCGCGUUAGAUCAGGACCGUUCGUUCCAUCACAGUCCCACUUCUCAAAGCAUAAUAAAUCUUCCCGUAGUUCUCUCCCGCAGUGUGACUUCCCGCUUCCAAAUGCCUCCGUUGCCGCUCGCCUCCACCCUUCUGCUCCUGCUCGCCAUCCUGUCCUCGUCGUCGCCAGCCGCCGGACAGCGCGAUGGCCCCGCCACGGGCACGUCCAGGUUCCGCGAGGCGCCUCUGUUCUACAACGCACCUUCGUGCCCGGCCCCCCUGCCUCCGGGGCCCGACUCGGCCUGCUCCCCUGACGCGCUGGUGCACGUCGCCAUGACCCUCGACGUCACCUACCUACGCGGCUCCAUGGCGGCCGUCCUCUCUGUCCUCCAGCACACCGCCUGUCCCCAGUCGAUCUUCUUCCACUUCGUGGCCACCUCCGCCGCGGGCUACCUCAGCGCGACCGUCGCAGGGUCCUUCCCCUCCCUCGCAUUCCAGAUCCACCCCUUCGCCGACGAGCCGACCGUCGCGGGGCUCAUCUCCACCUCCGUCCGGGCGGCACUCGACCGGCCCCUCAACUACGCACGCUCCUACCUCCCCCGCCUCAUCCCGCAGUGCGUCCGCCGGGUCGUCUACCUCGAUUCCGACCUCGUCCUCGUCGACGACAUCGCCGGCCUGGCAUCCACCCCGAUCCCCGACGGCGUCGCGCUCGCGGCUCCCGAGUACUGCAACGCCAACUUCACCUCCUACUUCACGCCCACCUUCUGGGCCAACCCGGCGCUCUCCGUGGCCUUCGAGGGCCGGCGGGCCUGCUACUUCAACACCGGCGUCAUGGUCAUGGAGCUCGGCCGGUGGCGCGACGGCGGGUACACGGAGCGGAUCGAGGAAUGGAUGGAUCUCCAGAAGCGUAUGCGGAUCUACGAGUUGGGCUCACUGCCACCGUUCCUGCUGGUGUUCGCGGGUCGGAUCGCGGCGGUGGAGCACCGGUGGAACCAGCACGGCCUCGGCGGCGACAACUACCGGGGGCUGUGCCGCGACCUCCACCCGGGGCCGGUGAGCCUGCUGCAUUGGAGUGGAAAGGGCAAGCCGUGGGCGCGCCUCGACGGCGGGCGCCCGUGCCCGGUGGACGCCAUCUGGGCGCCCUAUGACCUCCUCCUCCGCACCACGUUCCCCAUCGACGACUCCUGAUCCGACCCGGAUCCACGAUGAUCGACCAACCCCACCCGAUCCGACCCGAAACUUCACCUCUUCCGUUCCAUGUCACCAUAACCUUCUUCUCUCCUUCCCUGAGGAAGUGUAGAUUACUUAAGCCUUUCUUAGUCAAAUGUAGAUUACUUAAGAAGCCAUAUAUAACUAAGAUUGCAUAUUAA